GGGGAAGUCCCGUGGCGGAUAGCUGGGCCAAGUACUGGUUGUUUAAUGGGCACGACUUUAAAAAGUACUGGUGGUUUAAUAAAACGCACGUGCACAGCAUUGGAAUCUGUGCAAUUUUGAUCUUUCCAGAAGACUGGUUGUUUAAUCUGUGCACGGUGCUGUCGAACGUCAUCACCAAGCUCUGGAAAUAUCCAAAAACAAAAACAAAAUAUCUUGUACGCCAGGGAUAUUGGAUUGUUUUUCAUUGCUUGCUUUGCCGAAUGGCGUCGUUGUAUUUCCAGCGAUUGUAUACAAAUGUGAAAUACGCGUCAGUAUGGACAAUGCAUUCGGAAACGGUUAAUGAUGUUUGUGCUUCAGGCAGUCCUGCUGCACGGGGGAAGGGACGGGUUAUCAUUUUUGGAUGUAGGAAAGAGAGGGAAGAUCCGAAAUGUGAGGCGGCAUCUGGCUUCGUCAAUGGAUUGUCUUUGAAAUCGAGCACGUUAUGAAGGUUGCUUCAGUCCAGAGUAACGUUCGGUCGUGAUCAAGAUGAUCAUUCUUUGAGUGGAGGGGCUCGUUAGACAGCUGGUGUGUAGCCAUGAGGAGAGUAUCGAGGAGAGGAUCGAUGUCGGUGAUUGUUUGGAGAUAAUCGAGGAGAGAAUCGAUGUGGGUGACUGUUUGCUGUUGCUGGGGCAAAUUCCACAUCCAGGUAGUGUUGGGUAUGGAUUCCGUGUGAUGCGCUGCACGGAAAAUGUGGAAAAGGGGGCAUCAACAAUCUUUGCUCGUUUGUAUGGCAAGUACGCUAAAUGGUGGUCACGCGACAACGGCAAUGUUUUCUAGGCAGGAAAGCUGAGCUGGCAUCGGGGCAUUCGUUUUUUUUUUCUCCACAUGUGAUGUAAGCCGUCCGUGUGCAGGUGGCAGAGCCCGGCGGAUAGGGCAUAGAUGUCCCGUCGAGCGAAUUGGCUAGAGUAGUUGCUCUCUUUGUCUCGACUCUCAUCGUGAGUAAGAAUGGGUUCCCAAUUUUCUUCCAUGGCAAUUUGUUUUUUGAGGGUUCUCUCCGGCCUAGGCACUUCUAUCGGCGUCUCUGCUGUCCUGUAGGACGGGCGUGGGCGUGGUUGCUGGCGGGCAAGCUUAGAAGAUGCGGAUGCAUGUUCUGGAGCCAGCAGACCCACACUCGGCGAUGGAGGAAAACAUUUGUGGGUAUCCAGAGGAGGAACACAUGGCGAGAAGAUGGAAGGGAGAUACACACGCGGCGAGUAAUUUGGUGGGGGGGUACGAUACGGACGGAGCAUUACUUGAUCUUGUAAUGCAGUCGGUACGAAGUCGACACACACGGUUGCAGCUCCAGCGUCCGCUCAGAGCAAAUGCUUACCAAGAAGUGCUGUCGAUUGUUGUUAAAGGUGCAGAUAUGAACCGUUCAUUGGGAAUUGGAGAGCUUCGGAAGUGGGAGAUGGGGACAGAUAUGACCCGUGCUGUGUUGAGCCAUGGUGCAGAGGAUGGCUCACUGCCGUCUUUGCGUAAAUGGAAUGAUGGCUCUCUGCCGUCCCCACGUAAACAGAAUGCCAGGAAACUAUUGCGGAAUUACGACUGCGCAUUCUAUUUCGCUGAAGAUGGUAGCAAGCCUUGGCUGCAAGGGACCAGUAUGUGCCGACAGUUUAUUGUCGGCGGUAGAAUGGCUGCCAUUGCAUUUGGGAUGGUGCUGUGGACGGUAUGUCGACUGUAGAGCAACGCCAAAGAAACUAGUAGAAACGGAGCACACUCUAGAGCACCGGAGGAAAAGAGAUGGUGGUGAAGAACUGGUGAUGUGCAAUAUGGAUAUCAUACGGAGGUGGGAUCUUGGGAGCUUAGAAUGCUUAUAUCACACAAUGGUGGGGUCUUGGGAGGAAUAGAAAUGGACUGUGCCCCGUCGAGUAUAUCAUACCGAGGAUGGCAUGAAAAUAGACAUUUGUCUGGACACUCGAGGGACUUGUGGUAACGGUUUUCAGUGGAGUGAGAUUUUUUGUAGGGGUAAUGUUAGGACAACAGCGACUUGAGCUAAUGUAAAGGACUUAACGAGGCUAUUGUAUAUUAGAAGCGAGUAGCGAAGUCCGUUGUAGGUUUUAGUUCUUGAAGGAAAAUAUGCGUUCAAACGCUUGUCACUUUUGUCCAGCAAGAGACCUGAUCGCAGAGGGCUCUGUUUCAGUGAAGCUGUAUGGAUUGUCUUUUGGAGACUUUGGUCCAAAGUGCGGGCGAGGUUUUGCAGGGAGUGGCGAUGGUUGGGAUUUUUUUUUUGACUUUUGAUGCUUUUAGAGAUUACUGCUUCCGAAAGUGUAAGCUACAUAUGCAUAUGCUUGCGGAUGUGAUCAUCAGCGGCGGAGGAGGAUGAGCUCUCUGGGAAAGCACAGGGACGGAAGCGUAACCCACGGUGAAAAGGAGCUAAGCAAAGGAGGAAACGGGACGGAGGGUAUGAAGAGGUAGGAGCUCUAAUUUUCUCGGAUUAUGGUGUGACAAGGUUUAAUCUCACCGUAGGGCCCAAUUUGAGUUGUAGGGACUCUGAUUACUUUUGAUGGCUGUUAAGCAAGACCCACCCUCGCAGCUGAGAUCUAGUACCUGCAUGGGAACUGAGCUGACGGAGAAAUGUCUAGGGACAGUUGGAAAAAUAGAUGCAACAGCAACAUGCUGUAACGGAAACACUCGCAGAGAGAACGUGGCCAUGGAUAUGGACAGGCGUUCCAAGCAAACAUAAAUUCAUGAUGACGUCAGCAGGCAGUAGAAGAUGAGAGGAGAAGAGGGAAAGACAAGGCAAGACAAAGAAAAGAGACGGGGAACGGUGGGAGGGGAGUCCCGACUUCCUGAGACGCGACCAAUCGGCCAUAGGAACAGCAUAAAACACCGCCCGAUACAUCGAAGAUAGUCGUGAAAACUUGGUGCAGCGACCGUACGCGCUGUGAUUCAUCCGGCCACCACAACCGGAAUCAUCAGGGGUCUUGUCAUGUCGCUAGGUACCUUCGAUUGUGUUUUGUUAGUUCGUGCUGCUAUCUAUUGUCUGGAUAUGUUUUUUUGUUUGUGACAUGUGUGAGAGAGAAGCAGGAGACUGCCCAGCGAAGUAUGGUUUAGCGUAUGAUCUGGAACGAGGAGGAGGUGAGAGAUGUAGAGUGGAGCACAUAAUGCUCUGUAUUGACUCUGUUUGUAGCAUUGCCAACUGUGUGAGGAUUCCUGCCGAGGCUGGCCUGCGAAUCACAUUCCCAAAUAAAUUGUAGGUGUUGAAUGUGUGAAAUGUGAGCACAAAGCCAUGCACGGGGCUUAGAUUGCCUCCUUACAAGUGAUAAAAGCGAUGUGGCACUGGAAUUUCAUUGGCGAUGGAGGAGAUUUUUUUUUCUAAUAAGAGAUGGAGGUAAAAUGUAGUGAUCACUCGGCGUUUCGUUUGAGGCCGCCAAAUCUGACUCGUCAGUGGGCUUCGAUUAUUACGCUCGACUGGGACGCGGAAGGAAAUUGUUCACACUCGACGUGGCGAUGUUGCCAAGCCGGAAUUCAGUCAGAUGGCGCGGUCCUUUUAAGGAAGGACUCUCCAACGGAGCAGUGUGAUAUAUCAGGGAAGAGGACGAUCCAUGUUGGCAAUAUUGAAGGACAUGUCGACAAGACGAGAUAAGUGGCAGGUUUUGUCAAAUUUCAGGUCUGAGCUGGUUAUUGUCUUGUGAGAUUCUGAAAAGAGCGUGAGAAGUUUGGGAGUAUAUUGAAAAAGGGGAGAUCCGUUGAAAUCUUUUGAGAAAGGUUAGUAUUGAAUGAUACGGAGAAAGACGACUAGCAGGGAUCCUGGGAAAGGAUGACAUGCAUAUAACGAGAAAUAGCUGAAAUCUUUUGAUUUUAAAUCCACCGCUACCUUUCUCGUAUGUGCGGUCGUGGUCCUCAAAUUCAAAUUCGGUGGCCAUGCGCCGUUGAUGGAAAACAUCGACGACGGUGUGGCGGCCAGUUUUCAGAUGUAGGGCUCUACUAAAUGCCCGCAGUCGACAUAUGGGGAGGGGAAAAUGGGGAAGGGUAUCGGUAGGAAAAGAGGGGGUAUUGGUAAAGAUAAAGUGGGAUGCAUGUCAUCCUAGUGGGGGUAUUGGUGAAGAGAAGGCAGGAUCCCCAUUGGAAAAAAGGGGAACAGGCUGCUCUUGCAAUUUUCACUGGAGCAUGGGAUUGCAAGGGUAUAGUACAUUCGCAGAGGAAGCUGCUGUCAGUGCUUGUUAUAGACAUGCCCACUAUUGUGAAACACGGGGGAGUUGUGGGGUGUCAUCUUUGCGGCAUUAGAUCUGUAGGGAGCAAUGUGUAAAAAGCGGAUAUAUUUGAUGCAACCGUGGAGGAGCCUCGGUCGCAGUGGCACUGGAAACUGUGAGGACUUGUGCGGUUUCGGCUUUGCCACAUGCAUGUCCUGGGAGGAAUCUGCAAUGCGUAGGUAUAUCCUACUUGUCCUCACCGGGAACGUAUGUAGGAGGCAUAGUAGAGAAAUGUUGGAGGAAAUUGGAAUGUGGCGCAGAGAUAUGUUCCUUCAACAUUCGAAGUUCCUCCAACAUUUCUCUACUACGUCUUGGAGCCACUGGAUCCUGGAUGGUAAGGUUGAUCAAAACCUUUCACAGGGAACCGUAUAAUGACGGCGGGACGUUUGAGGCACAUGUGUAGCCAGGUAGCCAGUGAGGCUUAGGGGGAGAAGAAAGGAAGGCUGGUAUGAAAGUUUCCCUUCGCUGGCUGCACAUGGCAUCGAAUCUUCUGCCUCUGUUUGGCUUGUUGAAAAGA